UUCACAUUUUCUUAUCAAAAUGGCGGCCGCCCCCGCUGUUUUUAACUUCGUGUUUGGAAUUAGCGAAACUCCUCUUACUCAAGCCUUGGAGCGGCGGAACUACAGCGAGGCCCUCCAGUAUAUUGAUAGUCGAUAUGGGGAGUGUUUGGAUGAAGGGUAUUAUCGCAGAACUCCACUUUUUAUCGUCCUUUCGGGUGAACAAUCAACUCACGAUGGAAGAGAAAUGCCAGUUCACAUCCAAAUCGCGCGAAGACUAAUAGAAAGAGGUGCUAACCCCAACCUGAGAGUCCCUGUGAACAAUGGAGCGGAAUUUGUAAGCCCAGGUCGUUCACCUCUGGAGUGUGUUGCUGAUUAUUACAACCAGUUAACUAACCGCCACAAACCAAUCCUCAGUGACAAGAAGAUCUCAAGAAGUCAAGCCAUCUCUGAAGAAAACCACUUCUAUGCAACUGCUAAUGAACUCACUGAAGAAUUAGUAGAUCUAGCAUGGCUCAUCCUUGGGCAUGGUGCUAAUGUCAAUGUACGUGAUGCUGAGAACAAGACACCCUUGCAUAAUACAAUCCUCAAGUCCCAUGAUCUGCGCAUGGCACAAGUGUUGUGUGAUAAUGGAGCAGAUAUUAAUGCUGUUGAUAGGUUUGGGAACACCCCAUUAAUGGCCCUGUGUAGUCCUAUGCCAUGGCAAGAUGAUAAUGAUGAUGUGUAUGGACCGGUAAUUAGCGGUUGUGAUAUCAGCCAGGGCCUGCAGUAUCUCCUUAGAUUUGACAAUAUUAAGAUUAAUCAUUGUGGUAUACAUGGUCGAACGGCGCUGUUCUACGCCAUGCAGUCUGGGAAUUUCACAGUUGCCAAGGUGCUCCUGGAGCGAGGAGCAAAUCCCAGUAUUAGAGGCAUGGGCCCUGAUGGAAGGUUUGUCUCUCCCCUCUUUGCUGCUCUUAUUCCCUGGCCAUCACAGGAGAGAAUUGACAUUACCAUCACCCUCAAAGCCAUAGCCCCUCUAGUGGACAAUGCCUACUUCUCAACACCAGAAAUCCUCAAAGAAAUCAUAGAAUACGCACUCGCAGAACAAGCCGAAGACCCUUUGUUACACAAACUAGUCCACAAAGGAACCAAUCUUGUUGAACUACUGUUUGGUCAAACUUCAUGUAAUCUGACUCAGCUUGCUGCAAGGAUAUUUCUAAAGGAGCAUGUUAGCUAUGUGGGACCAAACUAUGAGAGCAUGACAUCUUUUGAUGUCAUAGAACUUGUGCGUUCACAGGGCUUGCCUUCAGAGCUGAUCAUGCAUUUGCAGAUUGUGUUACUGAAAGAGAAGAUUUUAGGGACUUUGGCGGAGACAGACUGGGACGAGUGGGUAUUGGAGGACUAUUCGCUAGAUGAAAGUGAUGAUUAUGAUGAAUCAGAUGAUGAAUUCUGGUGAGGAGGCAGGCUGCAAUACUUAGAAGCCAAGUCCCCACUAAUAGAUUGGAGCGUUGCGUGACCGACACAAAGAACGGCUGCGCUGGAGACUAGUUGUAGCCACUAGAAAAAAUAAUUUCAGAAUAAUAUACAAUGAUAAUGGUGUUUAUGAUGAUGAUAAUAAUCACGAUAAGAACUGUAAUAGUUUGGCGUGAACGGGCCAUACCUGUCUUCGGGAUGGUUGCUAUGGCGACUGUAUACUCCCACAAUGAAUCCGUAAUGGAACUUGAAAUCCAUCCCAUUCAUCCCAAUCGUUCACCCAGCCGGUCAAGUGGUAUUUCAAUCGACUGUUCAGUGCGGGGUCGCGCUUGCACUUGUAAGCUCAUGCCCUGUCCUUGUGGGGACAGCUGUACACGGACCGUAUGUUGGUUAUGGAUCUACCUGUUGUGGCAGAGACAUAAUUUAAAGAAGACCAAUAACGCCGUCAUUUUUUUCGAUCCCGUACAAUAUAUACGACGCACAAUAUAUACGACGCACUCAAAGAAUCCAUUUUCCUUACAUCGAACAAGUACAUUGUAUUAGCAGUGCCUAAACCAGUUACCAGUUUCAAAAACAACAUCGUGAGAGAAGUGCGGAAAAACGCAAGACUAGUUCCAGUACCGCGCGGUUAAACCAGCCUUUUUGUUUUGAAAUGGCGGCGUAUUACCGGCGAACUGUCACAUUUUGGCGGAUGCUAAAAAACUAGAUCAAACCUAAGGCUAUAAUUUUCUUUAUGACUCCCUCAUUAUCAAACAAAUCUGUCAUCUUUUGUACAGUAUGGUUUUAAUGCUAUACAGCAAGUCAAAACAACUACCGAAGUCAGCCUUUAGUACCUUGACUCGAACGAUUCAACACUGAGAUUUUGUUUGUUUUCGCCAGAACACGCGCAUGCGCAUACGUUAUUCAGCACUGUCAUCGUGAGAUGGAUAGAAAUUCGUUUUUGAUAACACAUUAUCGUUCUGCUCUACAUUUAAAAAAAAAACUUCUGUGUACUGCAUAGUUCUAAAAAAAUAUCAUCCCUAAGAACAUAUUUUUAGCCUUAGAUGCUCCAAAAUAAGAACUGCGCCCAACUCGAACAAAAAAUAAGAAAGACUCACCUGCAGGCUGGUUCCGUGACCACGAUCUAAAUCCAA